UCAAUGUUUUUAAUUGAGUUUCAAUUAAAUUUACCCUAUUCAAAUAGCUGAAGAAGCUUUUUGUUAUGAUACAUAUUCUUUCCAAAUUUUAAACUUUAAUUGGCUCGCGUGUAAUGUUGCAAAAAUGAAAUGCUAUUCACAAAGAUUUGACUUUGAUUUUGGUACCAAACAUUUUUGGGAACGAGCAAAUUAGGAAAUAUAAGUAUAGCAACAAUCAGAUUUUGAGGAGGCUACCUCCCAUUGCUACACUCAAUACGUGAUAUGACGAUAACGAAGAAACGAAUUAAAAACACAAUUCAGUCGUGUGGCCGGUCGACGCGCCAGUGCACGCGUACGUUCAACUGUUAACUCCAAAAUGGCCGUCGCUGUCAACAAAGGCAUCUUCAUAGUCGCGGCGAAGAGGACCCCGUUCGGAAAAAUGGGGGGUCUGUUGAAAGACAUUCAUCCAUCCGACUUACUAGCAGUCGCCGCUAAGGAGUCUUUCAAGGCCGGAAAUGUUGCUCCUGCUUUGGUCGACACUGUCAACAUUGGACAGGUUUAUUCGCUAAGCGGAACAUCAGACGGUGGUUUAUCACCCCGUCACGCAGCCCUGAAAUCAGGCGUGCCACAAGAAAAACCUGCACUGGGCGUCAACAGAUUGUGUGGAUCAGGAUUCCAAGCUGUCAUUAACAGUGCCCAAGAUAUUUUAACAGGUACGGCUCAGAUUUCCUUAGCAGGUGGCACGGAGAACAUGUCAGCAGUUCCGUUUGUCGUCAGGAACACCCGUUUCGGAGUACCUCUGGGCGUGAAUAUUCCCUUCGAAGAUUCCCUCUCAGCGGGAUCUCUGGACACAUACUGCAACUACACUAUGCCUCAAACUGCUGAAAAUUUGGCUGAGAAAUACGAACUCAAAAGGGGAGAAGUUGAUCAGUUUUCGCUUCAAUCCCAGCAGAGAUGGAAAACAGCGCACGACAGCGGCGUCUUCAAGGCUGAGAUGGCCCCGGUUACAGUCAAAGUGAAAAGGCAAGAAGUACUGGUGGACAGAGACGAGCAUCCUAGACCGGAGACCAACACCGAAUCGCUAAGUAAAUUACCAGCGUUGUUCAGGAAGGGAGGAGUAGUGACGGCUGGAAAUUCCUCGGGCGUAAAUGAUGGUGCCGGUACUGUGAUUCUCGCCAGCGAAGAAGCUGUCAAGCAACACGGUCUGACUCCACUGGUUCGUCUCCUCGGCUGGUCGUUUGUUGGUGUGGACCCCAGCAUUAUGGGUAUAGGACCUGUUCCCGCCAUCAACAAUCUACUAUCCGCCACUGGGCUUAAACUUGGCGAUAUUGACUUGGUAGAGAUUAAUGAAGCGUUCGCCGCUCAGACUCUAGCUUGUAUUAAAGAGCUAAACUUAGACGAAAGUAAAUUAAAUGUGAACGGAGGGGCCAUCGCUAUGGGACAUCCUGUUGGCGCGUCUGGGGCCAGGAUCACAGCUCAUUUAGCUCAUGAGCUCAGACGUCGUGGUUUGAAGAGAGGUAUCGGCUCAGCAUGCAUUGGAGGAGGGCAAGGAAUCGCUUUGCUACUCGAAACUAUAUAACCUAGUCAAUUAGGUUAAGAUUUGUCUGGCAGAGAAGAGCUAUCUAACUUUAGCGAGCUCUGUCAGUGCGAUAUUGAUUGUAUGCAGCCAUGCCCAGCUUGAACUGAUAUGACGAAUUUACAAGCUCGUAUUCAAUGGCGAUUAUAUUUUUGUAUGUGUAAUAAUAAUUUAUAAAUGUAUUUUUUUUUAUACAUUUUUUGGACAAUUACUUGUUUUAAUGUUUUGUGGUUUCUUUUAAAAUUGUAACUAACACAAAAAUAGAUUUUUUUCUUCUCCAGCGAUAUACAAUUUGUAGACCUUAAUAAAAUUGUUAUGAUCUGUCAAUUUAA